GUUUUACCUACGGAAGGCACGAUGCUCGCCGAGAGAAAGCGACAUCUUUCAUGAAUAAGUAAAGUUUCUUUAAAUCGGAGUUUAGAUGUCGCGAAAGCAUCAGUAGUCACCCAUGUCUCUUUUUUACUUUGCUCAUCAGCAGCAUUGAGCGGCAUUGAGUUACAUAUGUUUAGGUCGUUCAGAUAGUGAUGCGAGGGGAAUGGUUUAACUUUGCUAAUUUGUGUAAUUUAAGUUUUACCUACGGAAGGCACGAUGCUCGCCGAGAGAAAGAAACGCGUAAAGUGGUCCUUAAAUCCUUGUGGGAACUUUUGGAGUCAUGAUACAAGCAAGUAUGGUCAGCAGAUGCUGGAGAAGAUGGGUUGGAAGCCUGGCUGUGGGUUGGGAGCUAAUGAGCAGGGCAUCACAGAACAAAUAAAAGUAGCGUACAAGAAUGACAAGAAAUGUAUUGGCUACAAGGAACAUGGAGAUGAGUGGCUGGAACAGCAAUCACAGUUUGAGAAGUUGCUGGCUGAACUGAGUGGCUCUCAUGAUGCUGCAGUGUCUGAUAAGGGGAAUGAAUCACUGGAGCUCCGAUCUCAACAGUCCCGUGCUCGUGUCCAUUACCACAGAUUCACACGUGGGAAAGAUAUAAGCAAUUACACUGAUAAAGAUUUGGCUUGUAUUCUUGGUGUCAAGAAACCCAGUGAUAUCUCAGACUGCGGCAACAUUAAGGAGAAGAAAAAUGACAUGGAUACUUUAAUAGGGAAAAUAGACAAUCUGUAUGGGGUAACAACUGUAAAUGGGGGUAACAUGAGUGAUUACUUCAUUAAAAAGAAACAGAAAAAUGUAGAUGAUGCACUUGCAAAGAAUGACACAGACAUAGAGAAAGAACAGUUGGGGUCAGAAUUCGGAGAUAAUGAAUGCAAAGCUAAAAUAAAAACAAAUAAGAAACAAAAACAUAAGAACACUGAAAGCUCAAACACUCAGAAAAGGGAAGUUGAUGGAGAAGAAACAAAGAAUGAGUUAGCAAUGAACAGUGAAAGCACAGAUGUAAAUGGUAAGAAAAGGAAAAGAAAAUUAGAAGGAGCAAAAGAAGAAUAUUUGCUGAAGAAAGACGAAGAAAGUCAUGAAGAAACAGACAUUAAGGAGUACAGUAAGGAAGAUGAGUGUAAUUUCACGCAGGAAAUUGAAACAAGAAGGAAACAUAAAGUAAACCCAAACAUAAAUGGAAAGGAAGUUCAAGAAGAAACAGGUGAAGAUGAGAUGAAUGAUAGUGGAAGUUACUUAAACUACAAGAGAAAGAAAAGAAAAUUGGAGAAGGAAAUAGAAGAACAUUUGCUGGUGGAAGAAGGAACAGUGAAACAAGAUGGAAGAAUGAGUUUUAUGGAAUCAUAUAAUGAGAAAGACAUGCACAGUUGUGAAUUGGAGGACAAUAAAAUAAAGAGGAAAAAGAAACGUAAAGAAAAAGACACUGAUUGCCCAGACGCACAAGGAAAGGAAGUUGAAGCAGAGGUAAAUGAGAUGACAGUAUUGAAUGGUAACACUGUAACUAGCUCAAAUUAUAAGAAGAAGAAAAGAAAAUCAAAACAGGAAGUGAAAGAAAGGAUGGAAGAUGAAAUAACUGAACAAGGUAAAAGAGUAAAUGAUAAUUCUAAUAGUUCUUUUCCAACAGUUUGUUACAUGUCUGAAAUAAUAUGUGAAAAAUAUUCACUGCAAGAGAACAAUGAUUCUGUGGGUGGUCAGGACAUAGCACCAGCAGGUGAUAAGGCUGUGCACAAAAAGAAAUCUGGGAAGUUGAAAAAUCAUAAAUCCAUUGACAGAAAUACUGAUGAAGUUGAUCAUGGGGAGACAAAAGAUCAUAAACCCAUUGAAGAGGAAAACAUUAAACAUAAAGUAAAGAAAAAGAAGAUAAGGAGAUAUAGUAAAGAUGAAAACAUACAUGACAUCCAAGAAUAUAAGCAUGUACAACAUAAUUUAGAGGAAACACUUACUGAGAGCUGUAAUAGGAAGAAAUGUGAAGAACUCUCAGUUAUUGGCGAAAUCAGUGUCUCUGAGAACUGUAAGGAUGAUGAGAAAAAGGAAAAGAGGAAGACAAGGAAACUUAUGAACAAAAUUUGUUCAGGUGUGGAAUUAGAAUGUGACAAAGAUGAAAUACUUCAUGAGCAGGUGGAUAAUAAAACAGGUCAACAGAAACUUGAAAUUUCUACACAGAAUGACAUUCAGAAUGUUGAAGGUUCAAAGCAGGCUAGUAAUUACGAACAGAAACAAGAUGUUUGUGAUUCUGAUGUACAAAACAGUGUUGGUGCUAAUAUUAAAAUUAAUGACUUUUCAAACAGAGAUCUAAAUAGAAGAAACAUGAAACCCUCUGUGUUUGCACAGUUAGUAGAUCCAUCACUUAUCAAAUUUAGAGGAUCAAAUUUACGUAAGAUACCAGGUUAUGGCUGCUGUUAAAUUUAAAUUUGGUAUUUGUACAAAUGUGCAUGUGGCAAAUGUUCCUGUGGAGGUCAGUAAAUUUUAACACUAAAUUGAGAAGAUCUCUCUCUCUCUGUCUCUGAUGUCUUGUUUAAUGAUCAUUUUACCUUUUUGGUCAUGAUGAAUGUGAAGGAACCCACAUGAGUGGGAGAUCCAAUACAAUCAUGGAAUUCUGUUUACUGCCAGUGACAGGAUAAGAAAGUUUGCAGCUAAAUGCGGACUCCGAACAUGGCAGCCUAGUAUUCACAUUCUUUGAUUUAGAGGUAUGGAAUUUAGGAAAAUGUGCGCUGGAUAUGGCUGACCUCCAACCUUAAACCUCUGUCUUACUGUUACACUGCAGAGUAAAGUCAUGAGUGCUGAAAAUCGAGGCUUGAUUUGAGGUUCUCAGAGCGGUGACUAUGACAAAUACAUUCUAUUGGGUUCAAACACCUGGCAGUUUGGCACCAUUGCUAAUAGCCCUGUCAUAUAAAAAGGUUAUAACAUAAGAUUAUGAUGUUUACAUACACUAAAAUGCUUGUCAAACAUUAGUAAAACUUUUCUAAAAUUAUUAUUAUUAUGUGAAUAGGGGGUUUUUAUGGGCAAGUGUCUGUGUGGGGGGAAUAUAUUUCACACUUUUGUCCUUGUGUGGGCAUGGGUAGGUGUGAGUUCACUAAAUUGAAUUGAAUUUAUUUGCAUUCCAUAGAUCCUAAGUAGGUUAAUACCUCUGGA